AUGGGCAACCGAAAGAUAGCAAUCAUUGGAGCAGGUCCAGCUGGAUGCUUGUUAGCAAGGCUUCUUCAUUUGGCAGGCGCAGAAGUCACUGUCUUUGAAGGAGAGGCUCACCCCAACUUCCGAUCCCAAGGAGGUACUCUGGAUCUACACACCGCUACAGGUCUUGCAGCCCUCAAAGAAGCACGGGUCUUUGAUGAGUUUCUCAAGCACGCUCGCUAUGACGGCCAGUACAUGGCCAUCGUAGACAAGAAUUUAGAAUAUCACCUCGUGAAGACCGCAGUCGGCAAAUACAACAAGAUUGAAGAACGGCCCGAGAUUGAUCGUUCCAGCCUCAGAGAAAUACUAUCAAAGUCACUGCCCGAGGGCAUGAUCCGAUGGGGUCACCAUCUCAAGAAGAUUGAAGGUCGAAGUCUUGUUUUCAACCACACCAUUGUCGACGGAUUCGAUCUCAUUGUUGGCGCAGACGGCGCGUGGAGCAAAGUACGAAAGGAGAUUGAUCCAAAUCUUGUCCCAGAGUUUGCAGGCAUCGGAAUGCAUGAGCUGGAAAUCACAGACGCCGAAAACAACGCCUCAGAUCUGUACAAGCUUGUGAAUCGAGGAAGCAUCUUUGCCAGCACAGAUGGUAACCGCACAUCUGUCCAACAGAUGGGUGAUGGCAGUUUGAACAUAUAUUGCAGUUUCGUCACCGAAGACCCAGACUGGUACAAGCCGGAGAACUGCGAUUACAACCCUCAUGAUCUGAAAGAGACAACACAGGCGUUACUUGAGACAAGGUUCCAGGAUUGGGACCCUCGGCUCAAACAAGCAAUCGAAUUAUCCAAUGGCCGUUGCAAUCCACGUUCACUUUAUAUGCUUCCCGUCGGUAGCAAAUGGGAGCAUAAACAGGGACUGACUCUUAUUGGAGACGCCGCCCAUCUCAUGACACCUUACGCUGGUGAAGGUGUAAACCAGGCUCUCGAUGAUGCGAUGCGACUUGCAAAGAUUAUUAAUGAAGCUGCGAACGAAGACGACCAAGAACUGGACAAGGCGAUCAAGGGUUUCGAAACAUACAUGUUUGCACGCGUCGCUCCUGUCCAACAACUCACAUGGGAUUUGUUGCGAGACUGGAUGUAUACGCCUGGAGCACCAAAAACUGUUAUGGCAAAGUCCAUGAGCAGACAUGUGAGGCAUCGACUGCCAUGGGCGCUUCAACCGUUUGGCGUUGCGGCUGUGCACGGUUACUUCUUUUUGAAGAACAUGCAUUUGGUCAGUUGA